AGUGUUUGUUCGUUCAUACGAAGUAAGAGAUUAAGAGCUGAAUUGUGAUUUGUGAAUAAAUAAAAAAACAAAAAAAGUUGAUAAGUAAAAAUUAAAUCUCGCCCUAAAUCGUACGGUUUAAAUUUCAAUUUCAAGUUUUCAACCCAACGUCAACGGGUAAUUUAACGCCCAACCCUUUUUUCAAAUUACCUUAACUACCCCUACUCCCAACAAAAGUAGUACAAAAAUCAAUGUAAUUUCAUAAAACUUUUAGGGGUAAAAUCGGAAUUACGAGACGCCAUUUUCAAAUUCACCCAAAACUCCAAAAAGUAGAAAAAAAAAUCUCCAGAAAUCAAAUCCUCAUUUUCUCUCUCCUCUCACCUUCGAAAAACAGCUCGAAGAUCUUCUUCUACUCUCUGAAAAACCCCCAAUUUUGGAGCCGUUGAAUUUCAAAUUCUUCAAAAAAUUGACAAAGAUUCAAAUUCUUCGAAAUUAAUUUCCCCAAUUUUCAAAAAAAUUCAUCAAAAAAAGAAAUGAUUGUGAGAACAUACGGGCGGCGGAAGAUCGGGAGAAGUUUAUCAGAUUUAUCCUUUGAAGACGACGUUUUAAUGGAGGAAGAAGAAGACGACCCUUUUACUUUCAGGGAAACAACAACAACAACAACAACAACAACAUCAACCUCGUAUUCUCAAUUCCAAGAAAGCCCUCAAGAAAUCGGGAGUUUUACAUUUUCAUCCCAAGAUUCGACUCGUUGGGUUAACUCAGAGAGUGAGAACAGUAGCUCAAUGGCUUCUUUGCAGCUUUUGGCGCCUGGAAAAGGGAGGAGAGAGAAAGCGAGGAAGUUGAAUGAUGGGAGGAGAGAGAUUAAGAAAGAAAAGGCGGUAUCGAGGCGGAAUACGGUGACGAUGACGGCGACAACGGCAACUUUGAUGGAGACGCAGGAGUAUGGGGAGAUGAUGGAGUGUGUGGAUGAGGUUGAUUUUGCAUUGGAUGGGUUGAGGAGAGGGCAAGGGGUUAGGGUUCGGCGGGCGAGUUUGCUGUCUUUGUUGAAUGUUUGUGGGUCUCCUCAUCACCGCCGUCUUCUUAAAGCUCAAGGCAUGGCAAAGACUAUUAUUGAUACAAUCUUGAAUUUAAGCCUUGAUGAUUCACCAAGCAAUCUGGCUGCUGCAACUCUGUUUUAUGUACUGACAAGUGAUGGUCAGGACAGUUACCUUUUGGAUUCAUUCCCAUCCGUUCGAUUUCUGCUAAAGUUGUUGAAACCAGUAGUUGCUGAAACUGCUCCUGAAAAAGCACCAAGCAUCAGCCAGAAACUUCUUGCGCUGCGGAAGGAUUUGCUUCUGUCACAGGAUAUGACAAAGAAAACUGAUUCAAGCUCCUCUACAUUAAUCCAAAAGGUUUUGGAGACUUUUGUUAGCUGCAAGGAUUUGAAGGCUAGCAAUGCAGAGAAUGAUGACUUUUCUAGGCCAGAGUUGAAUCCAAACUGGGUAUCUUUGUUGACUCUUGAAAAGGCUUGCUUGUCUUCAAUUUCUAUUGAAGAUACCACUGGCACAGUAAGGAAAACAGGUGGCAAGUUCAAGGAAAAGUUACGAGAGCUAGGGGGACUUGAUGCAGUUUUUGAGCUUGCAAUAAAUUUUCAUUCCACUUUGGAGGAUUCAAUUGAGCAUGUUACAGCUUCCACUAGGAAGUUAAAAAAUGGAAAACUACAAAGUCUGCCACUGCUUUUGAAGUGCUUAAAGAUUAUGGAGAAUUCAACAUUUUUGAGCAAGGAAAAUCAGAGUCACUUGCUUGGACUAAAAGGAAACUUGGCUGCUGGUCAAGGCUCUUCUUUAUCCUUUGUAAAACUCAUGAUCAGUUUCAUCAAGAUUCUGUCAGAGCUCGCACUACUGAGAAUUUCCUCCACAAACUCUAGUCCUGAAAUGCCUACAAGUCAUUCAAAUGGGUCGGAUCGUUAUCGUGAAUUUAAUUUUAAUGCAGAACAGAAAGUGGACAGCAAUGGGGUAUUUUCCUUCCGUUCAUCUCAAGAGUGUAGUAGCUCAGGAAGGUACUCUUCGGAUACAGGUUUGAGUACAUCCCAGACCAGCCAGAGAUUGUCAUCAAAUUCUGGAGCUACAACAGGGUUUGGUGUGGGAAAUUGUUUGUUAGAGAAAGCAGCUAGUUCCUUUGGAUCUGGUUCAUGCAGUCAAACAUCAAAAAGCUCUAGUGUUGGAGCACCUGCAACCGCUCAUAGUUCAAAAACAAAGCUGGCUCUUGCUAAAAGCCCAUAUGAUGAUGAUGAUGACAUGUUUAUAGAUCUUGAGGACAGUCAAGAUCCUUUUGCAUUUGAUGAAGAGGACCUUGCGCCCUCGAAGUGGGAAACGCUACGAGGGAGGCAUAGAGGACAGCGCAAACAAAAAAGAAGGCCAUCAUUUAGAAAUGCUGUGGAGGAAUGUUUCUCCCUGCCAAUGUUUAGUCAGGAAGACUCUGUAUCUCAGACAAUGUUAAGCCAAGAAGAUUUUUGCAAUGGCGAACAAAACGUGGGAAAUCGUAUUUCAAGUGACACUUCAUGUACAACUGCUAUUGACGAAGAAAACUCCGGCCUUGUUGCUGAUUGCCUGUUGACUGCUAUCAAGGUGCUCAUGAACCUGACAAAUGAUAAUGCUGUUGGCUGUGAGCAAAUUGCUGCUUGUGGUGGACUUGAAACGCUCUCAUCUUUGAUAGCAAGACACUUCCCUAAACUCAGUGUUUUCACUUCUAGUGAGAAAAAAGAGAAAACCUUGUUCGCUGGUACAACCAUGGAACUUGAAAGUCAGACAGAUAUACAUCUAAAUGACCAAGAGUUAGACUUUCUUGUUACAAUUCUGGGCUUGCUUGUUAAUAUGGUGGAGAACAAUGGUGAUAACAGAUCGCGGCUUGCAGCGGCUGAGGUUUCGUUACAGGGAUCAAGUCGGCUGUCUGAAGUUCAUACUGGGGUGAUACCGCUAUUAUGCUCCAUAUUUUUGGCUAAUAGAGGAGCUGGUGAAGCAGCCGAAGAAGAACUUCAGUCUUUGGAUGCUGAAGAAGUGGUUUUGCAAGGGGAGAAAGAGGCUGAGAAGAUGAUUGUAGAAGCAUACGCUGCUCUACUGCUGGCAUUUCUCUCAACUGAGAGCAAAAGCAUACGCAGUGCUAUUGCAAAUUAUCUACCGGAUCACAGCUUGAAAAUUCUUGUACCUGUGCUGGAGAGAUUUGUGACGUUUCAUCUGACAUUGAACAUGAUCUCGCCAGAGACUCAUAGAACCGUGAGUGAAGUAAUUGAAUCAUGUACACUGCCUUAAAAAGCAAAAGAACCAGGGUUGUGUACAGGUUUCCCUGUUUUUAUUGGUCGAUAAUAUCUUAGUCUUGGUUGAUUAAAUGGUGAUUAAUGCCCUUGCUCUUAGGAUCCUUUUGGGAUUAUCAACUCCAAAAUAGCAUAACCCCAAAAUAGCAAAGAAGAAAAAUCGAUGUUUAAUGGUCAACCGAGGUUGAAAAUUGUAGUUUAUGAUUUAGUCAUUAGCCACACUUUUCUUUUUUUUUUUUUUUUUUUUUUUUUUUUUUUCUUUUUUUUUUUUUUUUUCUUCAGGUUUCUGUAUUUUUGGCGCUCUUGUAAUUCUUUUAUUUCACAGCAAAGUCUUAGCUCUAUAUCCCACCUUGUUUUGAGGAUGAGGAUAGCUUAUAGUGUAUACAAAGAUGAUGGCAAUGUGUUAGAAUCCAA